AUGUCUAAUGAUGAACUACCCGUAUAUAUAAUGCCUGAAUUCUCGUCGUCGUCGUCAUCGUCUUCUAGCGACUUCGAGUUUUUGGCUUCUCUUGCUCUUGCAGCCUUAGAAGAAGACACUGCAUCUUCUUCUGCACACCAACGAAGAUAUAUUUGGAGAGAUCGACACUCGGCUCAUGAAAGAUUGAUGAACAUGUACUUUGUGGAUGAGCCGAUGUUUGAGGACGAUGUCUUUCAUACGAGAUAUCGUAUGUCGAGGAGGUUGUUUUUAAAAAUCGUGGAAGAUAUCACUGCAGCAUUUCCAUGGUUUCGGUCUUCGACGAAUGCGGCGGGUAUUAGAGGGUUCUCGGCGAUUCAAAAGUGCACGUGCGCGCUACGGCAACUAGCGUACGGCAACCUCGGCUACAACUAUGAUGAGGGGUUGUCGUUCUCUACUAGAACGACACGUGAGUGUCUAGACAACUUUUGCAUCGCCAUAAAGUAUCUUUAUGGUGAAGAGUAUUUGCGUUCUCCGACUAGCCACGCUGUUGCACGGUCAAACAAUGACAUCAAUGUUUUGAAGCAAUCGCCAUUGUUUAUUCCCGAGGCGUAUGCUUACACGGUCGCUCGUAAGGAGAAGAUAAUGAAGAAACUUCAAGAGUCCGCGAGAAAAGACGUUGAGCGAGCAUUCGGGCUUCUGAAGAACAAGUGGGCUAUCAUCGAUCGACCGGCACGAAUGAGGGACAAAGAAAAGAUCCCUAACGCGAUGUAUGCGUGUGUUAUUUUACAUAACAUGAUCCUCAAGGACGACGGCAACACGAUAUCACCGGUGUACAUCAGGGAUCCUCCUAACGAUCUUUGUGCUACCGCCCCUAAUUUUCUCUAUAACUUACGUAACAAAGAAACGCAUUACAUGUUACGUCGUGAUAUUACGGAGCACAUGGGAGAUCUAGAUAUCGAUGUUUAG